GAGACGCGUCCACAUCAGCAUCACAGCUGAGCACAACCGCUGCUUCCAGUCGUCCUGGAAGAGCAUGCAUUAGACCUGAUGGAGAGAGGCGAGGAGAAUCCUGACGGAGGAAGCGGUGCACGACCGUGAGAGCUGUGGGAUUUAAAGCAGCUCUGGAUCCUCAGGGAGCCAGCUGCAUCAUCUUCAGGAUUCCUUCAGGACGACAACAGAGAUGAAGAGUUUGUGAAGACUUUCUAAUCCAUGUCCUGACACUUGCAUCAUCCUCCGCAGCUCAGGGCAGACACUGACCUCAUUUCCCAGCCCCCGUCUCCGGCUGUGCAUCCUGGCAUUAAAGGAUGGGUCAUGGGCCAGUGACUGACCCUGCCCGUCUGCCUUAUUUCGCCCUCCAAUGGAGUCGAUGUGGAACUCCACGCUUCCAUCUCCGAUGCCUAUAUCCAAGGCCACCUUGCUGACCGAGGACUGGGCCCCGUCUCAGACACUGGCUCUGCUGGCCAUGCUGCUCAUGGAUCUGCUGGCUGUGGUGGGCAAUGUGGCGGUCAUGGUGGUCAUAGCCAAGGCCCCGCAGCUUCACAAGUUUGCCUUUGUCUUCCACCUGUGUGUGGUGGACCUGCUGGCGGCUGUGGUCCUGAUGCCGCUGGGCAUGCUCUCCAGCCGAGCUUUCUUUGGGGAAGCUCUGUGCCGGAGCUACCUCUUCCUUAGCGUGUGCCUGAUCAGUGCUGCUAUUCUCUCCAUCUCUGUGAUCAAUGUGGAGCGUUACUACUACAUCAUCCACCCGAUGAGAUACGAAGUGAAGAUGACCGUCGGUCUCGUGGCAUCAGUGCUGGUGGGCAUCUGGGUCAAAGCUUUGGUCAUGUCUGCUCUGCCUCUUAUGGCCUGGUUCCUGCAGGGAGGAAGAACUCCUCUAUUAGAAAGUAACAGUGAGGGCGCAGGUGUCCAGCCUCCCCCUGCUCAAGGUCACCGGCGCUGCUCCUUACACUGCAGCGGCGGAGGGUCAAACUGUCUAGCCUUCAUGGUUCUUUUCACACUGGUUUAUUUUUUGUGUCCUUUGCUCGUGAUUCUUGUUGUUUACUGCAACAUGUUCAAAGUUGCUCGAGUGGCUGCGAUGCAUCACGGCCCUUUACCCACCUGGAUGCAAACGCCUCGACGCCAGAGAUCAGAAUCGCUAAGCAGCCGCUCCACCAUGGUGACAAGCUCCGAGUCCGGCACCGGGACUGAUAGGGACACGCCCCAUCGUCCCUUUGGCGGAGGAAAGGCUGCGGCGGUUUUGGCAGCAGUAGGUGGGCAGUUCCUGUGUUGCUGGCUGCCCUACUUUUCUUUCCACCUGUACUCCGCUCUGGCCGCCAGUCCCCCCGCUGCACUGGCCUCCAUGGAGGAGGUGGUCACCUGGAUCGGCUACUUGUGUUUCACCUCUAACCCCAUUUUCUAUGGAUGUCUGAACAGACAGAUCCGGGAAGAGCUGGCUAAACAUCUGCCUUGCAUCUUUCGAAGAGCAGGAGUGGAGGCGCAGAACAGACUCCCCAGCCAUGACGGCUCCAUAGAAGAAAACUUCCUCCAGUUUCUUCAGGGCACCGCCUGCAACCACGAUCCCCAGAACUCGCACAGCACCUCCAGCCCUGCGGGCGAAGCUUGCCGCCCACCAACUCACUUGCAACCACCAGAGCCACCUCUACCCACGCCAGUCGACUUCCGCAUCCCUGGACAAAUUAUUGAGGAGACAUUCAUAGAAAGUGACCAGGGGAGGAACCAUCGCAUGCUUUCUGAUGAUUAAGAUCAUUUGGGAAAUUCAGGAUGAAAGCUGUACGGCAGGUAUUCUCCAGAAUGAUUGUGUUCCGCACUCUUCAUUACUUUACUUGCUCAAGUCAAACACACACGAGAAGACAGUUUGGGUGAUUUCAGACGUAUUUGUAAAUGUAAACUUACCAUGGAACUUUCUCUACAUCCACAAUAUUUUAGUAGCUUAUCCCAGCCAAGUACUGGUGCCAAGGCAACCAGACUCAAGUUUGGUUACUGGAAAUGUAACUACUUCUUCAACUCGGUUGUUCUGAAUGGCAAAUGAGAACCUCCCAAAUGUAUUGCUAGGUUAGCUUUGAAUCCGCAAUACUGAAAUGAAAGUCAGUUCUUCUGACUGCUGGAAAAGCAUCGAUGACCCAUAGAAGUUUGGUGUAUUCCAACUUACGAGGUCGCCCACCAGUGAAAGUAGAGCCAGCUCACCUUGAAGUGAGAUGUUGUUGUCUGAAGUUUUACCUCGGUAGGCAAAGUGUGGUUGGAAGUUGUACGAGUACGAGUAUAAAGAGAGAAAGUAUCAGUAUAAAUUUUUAUCCCUAGCUUGGAUUUAAUCCACAAUGUGAAAAAGAAACCAUUUUAAAAAUGAGCUGAAGGCAGAGACAUUCAAAGGAAAAUGGUAGUUUGCUUUUGGACAAAUUUCUGUAGUUGAAACAGGUUGAAACAAACAAAAGUGUCCUGUAAAAUGGGUUUGUUACCUUUUUGGUUGAGAAUAACAUUGAACAUUCCCUCUCCUUGUUUCCUCAGACACAUCCAUGUUUAGUUUCCUUGUAAUUUCUGUCACAGGCGUCGCAUCUCAUGGAUGAUCAGUGAUAUACAGUGGUUUUCAAUGGCAGCACCAACAGUAGAUAUGUUUUCUUGCCUUGUUUGGUGUUCGGUGUGUCUAAAGUUGCUUUGAGUUUCUACUGUUCGUUGUGUAAAUGUUUGAUAAAUGGAAUUACCAGGAAGCUCAUGUGUCGUGGCCUGUAUGCAGUAACUGCCUUUGAGUGUUUUCCAGCUGUGGGGGGUAGGUGACCCAGUGGGAAGCGCCUUGGGGUCCGGUCUCCCCUGCUUUAUCAGGGUCACUCAAGCACCUCAGGUGUACUAUUACUCGGGAAGUGAGUCCUUGACAAGAUUGUGAAGUCAAACGAUUAGCAGGGUUGUCGCUGCAGUUUGAAAAAAAAAAAAAUGUGUGUUGUAUUCAAGAAGAGGACCGUCCUCUAUUUGGGCACAGGGUUUUUAAAUGUUUUUAGAUUGACUUGGACGUUCCGAAGAUGCUAGCUAGUGAUGAUGAACUUUUUUGAGUGGGAUUUUUUUCUACUGCUGGAUUAAAAGACAGACCUCUACUGUCUGUUAAAGAAAUGAUUGUUUGCAAUGAUUCAA